AUGGCAGCUAACAGAAGAAGAAGGAAUGUUGGCGGUGCUGAUGACAUUGCAGAAGCCAUUCAUCGCAUGGUGGAUGCAAUGCAACAACCUAUUCCAGCACAGCCGAGAGUGACAAUAGCACCAGCCAGAGUGCCAACCGUAGAGGAUUUUUUGCGCCAUAAGCCCGCAGAAUUCACGGGUGGGGCCACCCCAGACGAAGCUGAUGCCUGGCUUCGCAAGUGCGAAAAGAUCUUUGGAGUGAUGUAUUGUGCUGAUGAGCAGAAGCUGGCCUUUGCCGUGUACCUGUUGAAUAAUGACACCGAGUACUGGUGGGCAGGCAUGAAACAACAGAUGCUGGUGAGGGAGGAGCCAGUAACCUGGGAGAAUUUCCGAACUCGCUUUUUGGAAAAAUAUUUCCCAGAUACUGUUAAGCAGGACAGGGAAGCAGAAUUCUUGGCUCUACAACAGGGAAACAUGUCGGUGCAAGAGUAUGUUAACAGAUUCGAGCAAUUGGCAAGGUAUUAUUCCCAGGCAAUUACUGAAGAGUGGAAAUGUCUUAAAUUUGAGCGGGGGCUCAAACAUGAGUUAAAGAAGGUGGUCACGCCUCUGAGAGAAAGAAGGUUUCCAAUCUUGGUAGAACAAGCCAAGAGUGCAGAGUACCUAGAAAGAGGGCCGAACCCAGCAAGUCGACAUUAG